UGAGCUGAAGUAGCUGGACAAGUGCUGCACGGUGUUACUUUUCUCCAUCCAAGAACGAAGGAAAAUCCAGUGACGGUGAUGGAACACGUUUCCCGGGCCUAUUAAGCAAAAUUGGCCGGCCACCAGGAAUGAUACCUUGGAUAAAAGGACAUCCGUACACUAGAGAACAAACUAACCCAGAGUGAGACAAAUUGAAACCAAGAUCGUUUUGCUGUUGAACAACAUCUCCGGCCGUGGACCAUUCGGUCGAAGGACGAGCAGCGCAACAGGAUGAUGGUGUUUGUGUUUCUUCGAACCGUGCAAAUGUGAAAGUUUCCAGACGACGAAGACACACAAUCCUUGACCCGUUGUCCGUGGAUGGUGGUAAUCGAUUUAUCAGAAGGCUGACAAUGUAGAAAAACAAUAGUAGUAACAGUGACCCUGACAGCACUGCAGGAAAGCACACCAACAAACAAAAACAACCACUGCGAUCUAAGCAACGUCACCGUCAGAACAAAACUCCGCCAGCAUAACUGGAAAAAUCACCAGAAGCAAAAAGUCACCGGCGCUGAGGCACUGUGCACCCGUGGUUCUCCGUGGCCUCCGGGUGGGGGCAUUUUCUUUGUUACGACAGUUGAUUUCGCCGGAAAAUCCCGGUUGGUACUGUACCCAACUUCCGAUUGAAUGUCAGCGGCCGAAGCCGACGAUACGGACGAUGAGCAGCAGCUACUGCUGGAUCCGUUUUCUCAGCUGGAGGAGGAUUUGCGGAACAUGAAAUCCGUCAUUCAUGUGACGCGCGAAAAUAUCGACGCGUUGAAUGCAAAAUUUGCCGACUUUCAGCAACCACCGGCCCUUUACCUGGAGGAAUACCAGGAACUCACGUCCAAGCUGCACGACCUGGAGAUCAAGGAGCAGGCCUUGAUUGAUAGGAAAAUGCAGUUACAGAACGAGCAAACUGGUGAUCCGAACGAACCACCGGAUCCCGAGGAACGCGUAGAGGUUGAAAGCAUGUGCGGCACGCUGAGCAGGCAGUCAAAGAUGUUGCUGCGAGCCUUUCUACCAAACCAGCAGCGUACCUCGGUGCAGGUGAUCCCCGGGAUGCGUCUUAAGGACGCGCUGGCAAAGGCACUGAAGCGGCGCAACUUAACGUGCGAAUUCUGUGAGGUGACGGCCGGAACUAGCCAGUAUCCCAUCCCGUGGGAAACGGAUGUUAGUGCGCUGAACUGCGACGAGGUGUUCGUGCGCAUUCUGGACAUCGGGUUUCCCACCUACAUCUCGCAUCAGUUCAUUCGCAAAACGUUCUUCUCGCUAGCGUUCUGCGAGUGCUGCCGUCGUUUGCUCUUCACCGGCUUCUACUGCAACCAGUGCAACUAUAGGUUCCACCAGCGGUGCGUCGAUAAGGUGCCGCCGAUAUGCAGCAAACGACACAUGGACAGUACCUUCUAUCAUGUGCUGCUGGCGAACCCAGAAAGCACGGCCGGCAUUAUCAACCCCGGGGCCGGCGGCUACAGUACGAACUUGCGGCACCCGAGAUCAUUGAACCAGCAGGAUCGCUCCAAUUCGGCCCCGAAUGUGUGCAUUAACAAUGUGAUGAAACCGUUUUUCGGGACCGAAGGCCGAAACGUUAUAAACAAUCGCCCGCUGCAGGCUCAAACGAAUCAAGAGCAUUCACAUUCCACACAAGCGUCACCAACAAACACGCUAAACCACAGUAAACGCCCUAGGGCACGAUCGGCAGACGAGAGCAACAAGAAUCUGCUAUCACCUCGGGACUCGAAACAAUCGGACGAAAAUUGGAAUAUCCAAGCUGAAGAGAUUUUGAUCGGCCAGCGGAUCGGAUCGGGAUCAUUCGGGACGGUGUACAAGGCCCACUGGCAUGGCUCAGUGGCAGUAAAGACAUUGAACGUGAAAACCCCAAGCCCGGCUCAGCUGCAGGCGUUCAAAAAUGAGGUCGCGAUGCUUAAGAAAACGCGCCACUGUAAUAUACUUUUGUUCAUGGGCUGUGUUAGCAAACCGUCACUAGCAAUCGUAACGCAAUGGUGUGAGGGCAGCAGCUUGUACAAGCACAUCCACGUCAACGAGACCAAAUUCAAGUUGAAUACGUUGAUUGAUAUCGCCCGGCAGGCCGCCCAGGGCAUGGAUUAUCUCCACGCCAAGAACAUCAUCCACAGGGAUCUGAAAUCGAACAACAUCUUCCUGCAUGACGAUUUUUCGGUCAAGAUUGGCGAUUUCGGACUGGCCACGGCCAAAGUGCGGUGGUCCGGAUCGCAACAAUCGAACCAACCGACUGGCAGCAUUCUAUGGAUGGCACCGGAAGUGAUUCGCAUGAAAGAUCAGAAUCCAUAUUCAUUUCAGAGCGACGUGUACGCGUUUGGCAUCGUGCUCUACGAGAUGCUGACCGAGCAGCUGCCGUACAAUCACAUCAACAACAAAGACCAGAUACUGUUUAUGGUCGGCUGCGGCAAACUACGACCGGAUCUGACCAAGGUACGGUCCGAUUGCCCUCAAGCCCUGAAACGGUGCGUUGAGGAUUGCAUCAAGUUCAAUCGCGAUGAGCGGCCACUAUUCCGGCUAUUGCUAAACAUGCUCGAAACUAUGCUGCGUACUAUGCCAAAGUUCCAUCGCAGCGCCAGCGAGCCGAACUUUACGCAAACACAGCUACAAAAUGACGAUUUCCUGUACAUGUGUUCUAGUCCCAAAACUCCUGUGAACUUUCAUGAUUUCCAGUUCUACAAUGGCGCUGGGAAUUACUAGAUUAUACAUUACCGUCGCCAAUCGGCCGAAUGUCUGAAACAGGAUUCGUUUAAUAUAUCACGACGUCGUCGACGAUUACCUGUAAAUAGUGAAUGCAGUGAUAUAUGUUGAUCAGUAUGCUCUAGAAGUAAGAGUUGGUUUAGAGGCUUUCUUUUUUAUGUUUUAAAUUCCAAAAAGCAAAUAUUUCAUUGUGUUGUAAGUGGAGUCCGAUCCAUCCCGUCGGGUUUACAGUCGUCGUUCACAGCAAACGGCAUGACUCAUUCUCGUAUUUAAUUCAAUCAAAGUUAAAACAUUGCUGUUGAACUAGCCUGAGAG